UGACAAGGGGGUGAGUACAUUAUAUGUGAAUCUUUGUUUUGGAAUUGAACCUUUAAGGCAGAACUUUUAAAUAAGUGUACUUUUUAUUAGCUAAUUUCCCCACAAAGUCUCUGCAAGCACACCAAAUGAGUUCCUAAUUCUAUUAUUUACUUGUAUAGCUCUGAAGCACAAUAGAGCACUGUGUUAUUCAAAGAAGCCUGUGGCAGGUCAUUUCAGUAGGAAGAAAUAGUGUAUUUGUGAAAUGCAAGUGUGUUAUUCGCUCAAUGCACAUACAGUAACACCCUCGUAUAAAGAGGAAGAUGGUUCAGAGGCAAAGUGUCAUUAUACUUAGAAAGGCUGUGUCACUGAUCCAGAGAAUCAGCAUAGGGGAUUUCUUUCAAAAGAAAAAACUAAUUCAUUAUCGCUAUAUAAUCGACUGCUGGCAGUUCACUACAUGCUCUUACUUUCUUUGUCUUAUGGUGUACAUUAUACCUGGAGAAUGAAGACCUUCAUGAAGACUUUAGUGUUUCUGAUGCUGUGCUGUGCUCUGCAACUUAGUACCUCAACUGGUCCUUCUGCAAAUGACAUUGCAAACAGUAUCUGCUGCUUUAAUAAAAUCAAUUACAGGAUACCUCUGAAACGGCUGAAGUCUUAUUUCUGGACAGGCAGCAGUUGCCCCCUCACUCACAUUGUACUUGUAACUGUUCCUCGGGAUUCUACCACACAGAAACAAUUCUGUACUGACCCUAAAGAGAAGUGGGUCCAGCGGGCCAUUAACUACUUGGACAAGAAGAAUAUAGACCAGUGGCGCAGCUCUUUUAUGUUUACUCAAAAACUAUUUCACCAUCUCUAUAUAAAGGACUGCUGGCAGUUCACCACAUACUCUUACUUUCUCUGUCUCUUGUGUGGUGUAUAUCAAACCUGGAGAAUGAAGACCUUCAUGAAGACUUCAUUAGUGUUUCUGAUGCUGUGCUGUGCUCUGCAACUUAACACCUCAGCCGGUAUUCGUGCAGUUAUGAGCGUUAACAGUAUCUGCUGCUUUAAAGAAAUCAAUAUCAGGAUACCUCUGAAACGGCUGGUGUCUUAUUUGUGGACAAGCAACAGUUGCCCUUUCAAGCACAUUGUAUUUGUAACAGCUCCAGAUCCCAAGAAAAAAGAUGAAGGAAAAGAUUCGGAAGAAUCUUUUCUGUAUGGAUCCUGAAUAUAAGUGGGUCCGGCGGGCCAUUAAUUACUUAGACAAGAAACGGGCUAAAAAUUCAACACAAUAAAAGUUUCUACCUAAAUUUUUGACAUUUACAUAGAUAUACACACAUCUUCAUAUAUAUGAGUAAAACUGUAAACAAACUGGUUUUAAAUUGUAACGUAAACUGCCGUUCAAAAGUUUUUUUAUUUUAAAUGUGUUUUAAAGAAGUCUUUCAUGCUCAUCAAGGUUGCGUUUAAUUGAUACAAAAAUACAGAAAAAAAUCAUGCUGAUAUGUUGAUUUAUUAUCAGUUGAAAACAGUUGUGCUGCUUAAUAUUUCUUUGGAACCUGUGACAGUUUUUCAGGAAAUUCUUUCUUUGAUGAAUAAAAAACUUAAAAAGUACAGCAUUUAUUUAAAAUAGUAAUCUUUUGCACUACCAUUUGAAGUUUGGGGUCAGUAAUGUUUUCUUUCUUUCUUUGAAAGAAUUUAAAAGUUUUAUUCAGUGUUAAAUUGAUAAAAAGUGUUAGUAAAGAUAGAAAAGAUUUUUAUUUUGAAUAAAUGCUGUUCUUUUUCAUUUUUUAUUCAUCAAAGAACCGUGAAAAAAAAUGUCACACUGUUCCAAAAAAUAUUAAACAUUGAUAAUUAAUCAGUAUUUUAGAAUGAUUCCUGAAAGAUCAUGUGACACUGAAGACUAGAGUAAUGGCUGAUGAAAAUUCAGCUUUGCAUCACAUAAAAUUAUAUUUUAACAUAUAUUACAAUAGAAAACUGUCAUUUUAAAUUGCAGUAAUAUUUCUGUAUUUUUUUAUCAAAUAAAUGGAACUUAGAUGAGCAUAAGAGACUUCUUUAAAAAACAUUAAAAAGUCGUACUGAUCCCAAACUAUUGAACGGCAGUGUAUCAGAAAGUUACUAUUAUAAUGUUUAUUAUUCAAAUGUGUUGAUCUCGUCAUUAUCAGUAAUAUUAUGUUAAUAGGCUACAGAUCUGAUGUAAAUUUUAAAUGUGCUGUAUUAUUAUGUCUAAUACAAAAUAUUGCAUACAGAA